GAGAAGAGAAAGAGAGUGGUGGUUAGAGGGUGAGGGAGAGGAAAAGAGAGAGAAAGACAGUGAAGAAGAGAGAGAGAGAGACGCCUGUUGGUGGCUGUCCGCUCCGUCGCUCCGCGCUUUCCUCCCACCCAAAGUGGUAUCAAUGUUGUCUGGCAAUGGUGUGUAAGGAGAACGUGGUAUCAUGGUUUGGGAAUCUGUCCAGUUAUAAACGUAUCGAUGUAAUGUGCACGUUGCUGAACAUGUGCUUGCCGUUUGAAGUACGGUACCUUGGCACAUGCGUCGAGGAUAUCGGCAAGCGGGAUUACAAUGACCUGCGCGACGCGGAGCACCAUGCAAAUAGCGCAUCCGAGUUGGCCGAGUUGACAACAAACUCCGUGACAGACAAGCGUACACGGAGAAAACUAGCUCUCUACAUGGCGCUGUUGCACUCGUGCAAUUACGCUUGUGCAGUGAUCCUAUACAAGAACCUGUCCAAUCUUGAUCACCAGGAGAUUACCAAUCUGCUGAACGGGACCACCUUCAACAACAUGGAUGACCAGCCCCUGGAAGAAUUGUUGUUGUUGUAUACGAUGGCACUGAACCAUCCGGCCUUUACAUACGAGCAGAAGAGUGUGUUUGGCAACAUAUUCAUCAAGCUCCAGGAGGAAGAUGCUCGUUUGAAUCUCUCAAAGAUAAACUCUUUCAAGCAGGCACAAGGUUGCGGGCCAUGUAUGAGCACGAACGAGAGGUUAAUGGAGCCUGAGAUUCCGGGUAGCUGUUUAAUGCCACCACCGCCGAUGCAAUCUUAUCACGGUGAAAUGGCGAUGAGGAACAAUGCUAUGGUAACCGGAAUGCCGCCCGGCCUCACAAUACCUCCCCCAGGAUUAUGCCUGCCGGCGACUCCGGAGCAAAUACCCAUGGGAGCUGGCGGUACCACGCAAUAUGUUCACCUCGGUUUUCCGUCCGUGAACCAUCUGCCCCCGUGGACAGGUCAGGUUAUGAUGGGAAACCAAUUGAUGUAUCACACCGGCGACAUGUUGGCUUAUCCACCUUCCCCCUUAGUCAGCCGCCAGUCCUCGCCGUCCCAGUCAAGAUCCCCUAGUCGCAGCAACUCGCCUAUGGGUCGCGGUAGGACUAACGCCAACUCACGUACCUCGUCCACGCAAGUUACCCAGUCCACCUCCAACACCAUGACGACGUCGUCAACGACCGGCUCUAACAGUCAGACGAGCAUUUCCGGCUCGACUAUCACUAACAGCAACAAUAACAGCAAUAACAACAACUCCCUGCCACCGCUACCGACGCUCGGCGUGAGCAGAAGUCUUCCUAGUCAACAGCCGCCGUUGCUCCCAUCAUCUCGAUCAAUUCCCUUGUCUAUUACAAAUUCUUCAAGCUCCUUCUCCCGGCACAACAGCGUCGACAACAACAAUCCGUCGUCCGCUUUGAUCCCGGUGAGCCAACAGAAACAGGUUCCGCCACCACCGCGACUCAGGCCGUCCAACUCUGGCGACUCUCUGCGAGAUACUUUGGGCAAGGAGAUGCCGAACUUCAAGGGCAAUCUGCAGAACCUUUCUCGUGAAGAGAUUAGAAGGCUGAGCGACGAAGACUUGAGGGACAUUGGCUUUACACCGAACGCAGUGGGACAGUUGAGGAGUAUAGUUAAGAGUCAAACUACUAACGGUUUAAACCAAAUUCCGGCCGACAAGAAGCUGGACAAUGCAAGCAAUACCACGCAUCCGAUCGGUGAACCGAUCGAGAACGAGGUCGUACCAGGAAUGGAAGUUUUAUGUGAUAGCAAUAACACGAGCGCGAAAUCGAUGCCAUUACAGGAACAGCAUCCGGCGAUGCAUCAUUAUCACAAUCACAUGGCUACUCCCAACAUACGGCGUUAUCCUGCCGCCAUGCCGUCAUUAGUAGACCCCUCGCAAAUGCAAAUGUACCCCGCGCCACCGCAGAUGUAUACGGCCCAGAACGCACCAUGUUAUGCCUGUCUCACCGUACCGGUAGCUGGCAUGCAAAACCGAUACUCAAGGUGCAACGCUCAACACGUAUACUGCCUGGCGCAACUACAAGCGCUACGACUCGAUUCCGAGAACAGUCGACACUGUUCCCAGAGCAGUAGCUCCGACAGCACCGGCAGCAGGUCACCGCCUGAAACGCCUCCGGCCGCGCCAUGGGUCAGUGGCGCUGGCGCCGACAACAACAACGUCGUGCCACCGGUCACCGAUCACGUAAACAGCGCGCCGGUACACUCCACGACGACGGCGCCGCCACCGCCGCCGCCGCACGUCGUCCCGGCCACUCAACAAACGAUGCAGCAAACGUCAGUGCCGCCGGAGAGGCAGCUCACCAGGAAGAAUCCGCCAGUGCGCGCCACGAUGCGUCAAAAGAGCCAGGGAAUGCUGAACGGCGGAGUCGGCAAUGGGAACGGCGGCGGUGGACCGCCGAGUUUACCACAUUGCCCCACCGUCCCUUUCCCGACACCGCCAUCACAUUCGCAGCUUACGUAUCUGCCGCACGGACACUUCCCGGCAGCGAUACGAUCCAGCACCACCGGCAUCUAUACCAACUUCUUGCACGGGCCGUCCGCGGCGCGACCAGCCUACCCAGGCGCGUAUCAGCCGAACGGCGGCGAAAUGAUGUACCCGUAUACGGGACAUCCCGGGGCGUCCGGCAGCACACCGCCACCUCCACCGAACGCCGCGGUCGCCGCGACGCAAGUACAAGCGUCGUACAUGCCGCCCACGCCGGUGGUGACGUACGCGGCGGCAGUGAUACCGCCGACGAAGAUCUCCUGUUAUAACUGCGGCAGCAGUAAUCAUCUCGCGGUGGACUGUAAGGAUCAGACGAUGGAGGACAUCACGAAGAAAGCCCAGUAUCGACUAGACUACACGAUAAUGAAGCAGCCUGGGGAGUGCCCGAGUUCCGACAAGUGAUCCCCUGCCACGGACCAUCACUCUGCCAUCACCCGCCACAAUUAUCACCGCCAUUAUAACCACAACUGUUGUCCUCAUCGUUAUCACCGAGAGCACCAACGCCAUCACUACCACCACUACCAUCAC